UAGCUCCUCUCCCAAGCUCGGUUCCAGGAUCUGCUGCUUCAGUCGCAUCCCUGAAACAAGAUGGUGAAGGUCGGAGUCAACGGAUUUGGCCGUAUUGGACGCCUGGUAACCAGGGUUGCAUUCAACUCCAGUGGAGUAGAUGUUGUGGCCAUCAAUGACCCCUUCAUCGACCUCAACUACAUGGUUUAUAUGUUUCAAUAUGAUUCCACCCAUGGCAAGUUCAAGGGCACCGUCAAGGCUGAGAAUGGAAAGCUGGUGAUCAAUGGAAAAGCCAUUACCAUCUUCCAGGAGCGGGACCCCACCAAUAUUAAGUGGGGAGAUGCUGGAGCUGAUUAUGUUGUAGAGUCCACUGGUGUCUUUACAACCAUGGAAAAGGCUGGGGCUCACUUGAAGGGUGGAGCCAAGCGGGUCAUUAUUUCUGCCCCUUCUGCUGAUGCCCCAAUGUUCGUGAUGGGAGUGAACCAUGAAAAAUAUGACAAUUCCCUUAAGAUUGUCAGUAAUGCCUCCUGUACUACCAACUGCUUGGCCCCCUUGGCCAAGGUCAUUCAUGACAACUUUGGCAUCAUGGAAGGACUCAUGACUACAAUCCAUGCCAUUACUGCUACCCAGAAGACAGUGGAUGGCCCCUCUGGCAAGCUGUGGUGUGAUGGGCGUGGUGCUGCCCAGAACAUCAUCCCUGCUUCCACUGGUGCUGCUAAGGCUGUAGGCAAGGUCAUCCCUGAACUGAAUGGGAAACUCACAGGCAUGGCUUUCCGUGUUCCUACUCCCAAUGUGUCUGUUGUGGAUCUGACCUGCCGCCUGGAGAAAGCUGCCAAAUAUGAUGAUAUCAAGAAAGUGGUGAAGCAAGCAUCAGAGGGACCCUUGAAGGGCAUCUUGGGCUACACAGAGGACCAGGUUGUAUCCAGUGACUUUAACAGCAACACCCACUCUUCUACCUUUGAUGCUGGCGCUGGCAUUGCCCUCAACGACCAUUUUGUGAAGCUCAUUUCCUGGUAUGACAAUGAGUAUGGUUACAGCAACCGUGUAGUAGACCUCAUGGUCUACAUGGCCUCCAAGGAGUAAGCUGGAAAGCCAUGGAUCUUCAUCCCCAGCCAAAAGGAGAGCUCCACCACUGGGGAGCCCACAUCCCUAACCUAUGUUCCCGUACUAGGGAUCCCAUGCCCCAUUCACAUUGUUGUCCCAAAGCACCCCUGUAGUAGGGGGGAGAAGCCUAGAGUCCUCUAUUGUGUACGUACCAUCAAUAAAGUCACCAUAUUCAGUGCAAAAAA